UCUCAUUUGAGUAAUGCAACAAACAAUGUCGAGAUUUAGGAUACUACCACUGUCCAUUUUCCUCUGUUUUGUUAGCUUGUUCUUCUGCACAGAGUCUUUUACGCACCAAAAUGGCGUCGUUCCGAGCUUUGACCCGUCGUAUUCGUCUCCACUUCUGGUCAAGAAGGAUCAACGCACGUCAGUCGUCGCGACGGAGUUUGGAAAUAUAUCAGCCGUUCAGAUCGGUGAUGGAUACCAUAUUCAGUUCAUAACAUUGGAGCCAAACGCACUUUUGCUUCCACUUCUUCUCCAUUCCGACAUGGUUUUCUUUGUUCACACUGGGACUGGGAUUCUGAAUUGGAUCGAUGAGGAGAGCGAGAGGAAGUUAGAAUUAAGACGGGGAGAUGUUUUCAGGCUACGUUCCGGUACAGUCUUCUAUGUACAUAGCAACGAGAAACUUAGGGUUUACGCAAUCUUUAAUGUGGGGAAGUGUUUAAACGAUCCAUGUCUUGGAGCCUACUCGAGUGUUAGAGACCUUUUAUUGGGUUUCGACGAUAGAACUCUCCGGUCAGCUUUUGCGGUUCCUGAGGAUAUUUUGAGGAAGAUAAGAGACGCAACAAAACCUCCGUUGAUUGUAAAUGCUCUACCGAGAAACAGAACACAAGGCUUGGAGGAGGAUAAGUGGCAAUCACGGCUUGUUAGGCUCUUUGUCAGUGUUGAAGACGUGACUGAUCACCUGGCUAUGAAACCAAUCGUUGAUACUAAUAAAAAGAAAUCAAGAACGUUCAAUGUUUUUGAGGAAGACCCGGACUUUGAGAACAACAACGGGCGGAGCAUAGUGGUAGACGAGAAGGAUUUGGAUGCUUUAAAGGGUUCAAGAUUUGGGGUUUUUAUGGUUAAUCUAACUAAGGGAUCGAUGAUAGGACCACAUUGGAACCCUAGUGCUUGCGAGAUAUCGAUUGUGUUAGAAGGGGAAGGCAUGGUUCGGGUGGUUAACCAACAGUCGUUGUCUUCUUGCAAAAACGAUAGGAAGAGCGAGAGCUUCAUGGUUGAGGAAGGAGAUGUUUUUGUUGUGCCGAAGUUUCAUCCGAUGGCUCAAAUGUCUUUCGAAAACAGUUCAUUUGUAUUUAUGGGGUUUAGCACAUCGGCGAAGACAAACCACCCUCAGUUCUUAGUAGGGCAAAGCUCAGUUUUAAAAGUAUUGGACCGGGACGUAGUUGCUGUGUCUUUCAACUUGAGUAAUGAGACUAUCAAGGGACUCUUGAAAGCUCAGAAAGAAAGUGUGAUAUUUGAGUGUGCGUCAUGUGCGGAGGGGGAGCUUUCAAAGCUUAUGAGGGAGAUUGAAGAGAGGAAGAGACGUGAGGAGGAAGAAAUUGAGCGAAGACGGAAAGAAGAGGAGGAAGCAAGGAAAAGAGAAGAAGCUAAGAGACGAGAGGAAGAGGAAGCUAAGAGACGUGAAGAGGAAGAAACUGAGCGUAAAAAGAGAGAAGAAGAGGAAGCAAGAAAGAGAGAAGAAGAAAGGAAAAGAGAGGAGGAAGAAGCUAAGAGACGAGAGGAGGAACGAAAGAAACGUGAGGAGGAAGCCGAACAGGCAAGAAAGAGAGAAGAAGAAAGGGAGAAGGAAGAGGAAAUGGCGAAGAAACGAGAAGAAGAGAGGCAGAGGAAAGAAAGAGAGGAAGUGGAGAGGAAGAGACGUGAGGAACAAGAGAGGAAGAGACGUGAAGAAGAAGCAAGGAAGAGAGAAGAAGAGAGAAAGAGAGAAGAAGAGAUGGCAAAGAGACGAGAGCAAGAGAGGCAGAGGAAAGAAAGAGAGGAAGUGGAGAGGAAGAUACGCGAGGAACAAGAAAGAAAGAGAGAAGAAGAGAUGGCAAAGAGACGAGAGCAAGAGAGGCAGAAGAAAGAAAGAGAGGAAAUGGAAAGGAAGAAACGCGAGGAAGAAGCUAGGAAGAGAGAAGAAGAGAUGGCGAAGAUACGGGAGGAAGAGAGGCAGAGGAAAGAGAGAGAAGAUGUGGAGAGGAAGAGACGUGAAGAGGAAGCUAUGAGGAGAGAAGAGGAGAGAAAGAGAGAAGAAGAAGCGGCUAAAAGAGCAGAGGAGGAACGAAGGAAAAAAGAGGAAGAAGAAGAGAAGCGGAGAUGGCCGCCGCAGCCAAAACCACCCGAGGAAAUAUAGCGGUCGAGUCUUAAAAGCACAUAACUUUCUCGUUUUAAUAUUUUCGUGAGUGUUCGUUUUGUUCUUUAGCUUUUGUAAAUUGAGCAUCUAGCUAUGUAAAGUUUGAUGUUUUUGACAUAUGGUCAAAUAUGAGAUUGUGACAUAGCAUAAUGGAUGAGGUAGCUGAGGUGUGUUGAGAGAUCAAGUGAAGGCGAGAAGUAAGACGAAAGAGCAAAAAGAGAAUCAAGAUAAUUAAGUUGAAUAGUGAAGUAGCUGCAACCGAA